AUGAAUUCAAGUUAAACUGAAGAGGAAGCCAUUUUACAAGAAACUUUAGAGUUUCUUCAAGAAGAAUUAGAGCAAAAUAAGGGCUUUAAAAUCACUAACAAAUAUGGUGGUAGAGGUGGAUUUGGUUUGGUCUUAUUUGUAGAAGAAAUGUCUGAUCCAUCUAAAAAAUAUGCUAUUAAAGCUUAAUCUAUUAUUAAUACUAUGACAGGAAAGGUUAAUAAGAAUCUUCUUAAAUAAUGCGAGGAUGAAGCUACAAUUUUGCGAUCCUGCGAUCACAAAAAUAUAGUUUAAAUCCAUUCAGACUUCGUAAUUGGACUUUAUCACUUUAUUUAAAUGAAUUUAUGUUAGUGUUCACUUUAAGAUUGGAUUGAUUAAAAUACACAGCCUAUAAAUGAUAUGCUGUUUCUCCAUUAUGUUAAUUAAAUUAUUGACGGAAUUGAGUAUUUGCAUAAUAAGGAUUAUGUUCUAAGAGAUCUUUCAGUAAGAAAUAUUCUUAUAACAACUGAUAACAUUGUUAAGCUUUGUGAUUUUGGGCUUGCUAAAAAGUAUGAUGAUCUAUUAAAAAGCAAAGUUCUAUAUACUUAAACAGCUAGAGGUGUUUUUUUGUAUUUCCCACCUGAAUUACAAGAAGAUUUAAAUGCACAAAAGUCUUAAAUUAAAUAAACAAAAAAAGGUGAUAUUUGGGCUUUUGGUAUCUGUCUAAUGAUACUUGGGGGCAUAAAAUAUAACUAGCUAUUAAAUUUGUAAAACAAUAAUUAUCAAGUAUCUGAUGCUCCUUUUUUAUCUGAGAGCUCAAAUUAAUUAAUAAAAUUCAUACUAAAUAAAGAUCCUCAAAAAAGACCUUCUUUUCCUGAAAUUAGAGAAAAAAUAUUUUCUUUGUAUUAUGGAAGAAAUGGUAUGUUAAAUGAAAGUUUGGGUUCAAAGAGUACACAAAGCUCUUCUGGUUCAGAACUAAUUGAUGUUUUAUAGUCAAGUAAAUUGAAGUUUUAUUCUGAGAGCUAAACCAUUCUAACAUAAAUUACGGAAGCGAAUCAAGUACUAUAAUCUCCUAUAAAUUAAGAAACAAAUAGGAAGUUAUCAUCAAGUUUAGAAUAGUUCCCUAUAAGUAAUAAAAAGGAUGAUUCAGAGAAAAUACCUGAAGUAUAAUUGCAUAAGAAGGCUUUUAGUGUGUAGGUUGCAAUAGAUAAAAAUAUUGAUAUAGAUUUUAUGGAAACAAAUAUUAUUUUUAACAAGUACUCAAAACAUUUGAAAGAAUAUCCUAAUAGUGUGCAAGCGCUAUUAACUCUUGGCUAUUUAAAUGCAUACGCUUUUUCCAAUUAUGAAUUAUCAAAAAAGUAUUUCGAAGAAGCAAUAUAAAUUGAUGGCAAUGAAAUUGAUGCAUAUUUAGGUAUCUGCACAUGCAUUAUUUUGAACAGAGAGCUCAAAUAUAUUUCAAAAGCAAAAUCAUAUUUAAAUAAGUGUCUCUCAAUAAAGAAAUAGUAUUGGAGGACAUACUAUAUUUAUGCUUGGUUACUCAUAUUAGCUAAUAAAGAAAAGGAAGCUCUCAAUUAUUUGAUUUAAGGCCUUUAAAUUGAAAAUUAAUCAGUUGAGUUGUUAUCACUUUAGCUUAUAUAAUAUAGACAUUAAAAUUAAAUCAAUACUUUAGAUCUCGCAGAAAAAGUUGCUAAUUUAAAUAAGAAACAUAAUCCAGUCGUAUUUUAAAGAUUAGGUAGUUUCUACAGCAAUGAAAUGCAAAACUAUACAAAAGCUAUAUACUUUUACAAGUAAGCUUAUGAAAUUAACAAAAAAGACCUAUUAACUCACAUUCAUUUAGCUGAUAAUUAUUAUAAAAAUAAAGAUUCUUGGGAGGCCGAAUAAUAUCUAAUCAAUGCUUAAAUUCUUUAUCCCGAAAAUUCUAUUUUAUUAAAUUUCCUUGGCCAAAAAGAGGUUGAUUUAGCAAAUUAAGAGCAACUCUUUAAAAAAUCUAUUUCUUUAGAUCCAUAUAAUAAGUGGGCACUCUACAACCUAGCUAGGUGUUAAUUAAGCCUAGGAAAUUUUGAAAGUGCAAUUAAAUAUUAUAAAAAGGUGUUAGAGUAAGAUCCAGAAGAUGAGCAAGCUAAUGCAGGAAUUGGUUUAGUAUUAGGAUUUUAUUUACAAGAUUUCAAUUAGGCUAUUGAGCACUAUAAAAUUGCUAUUAAUACUAAUUUUUUAAAGUUAGAAUAUUUAAUUAAUUUAGCAAAUUUACAUCUAAAUAUAAAAGAUUUAGAUUCAGCUUAAAGUUAUAUAAAUUAAUGUAUGUAGAUCAAUUCAAACACACCUAAAAUUUAUGAAAUCCUCUGCAAAAUAGAGUAAUAGAAAGGAAACUCUUUAAAAGCUGUGGAGUACAUACAAAAAUAAAUGGAGCUCGAACCCUAAAAUGCAGAUGUUUAUCAUAGAUUAGGUCAGUUGUAUCAUCAAAGUAACCCUGAGGAAGCUAAAAAAAAUUAUAUUAAAUCCCUUUAGCUUGAUCCAAAAUAAAAAAUGGUAAAUUAUCGUCUAGGACUUUUAGAAAAGGAAUUCACAUAGCAGAUAAAGUACUACCAAAAUGAAUUAAUUAUAAACCCACAAAACAUAGAAGCAAUCAGUGCUGUGGCUAUGUCUUUAUAAUGCUAAGGAAAAUACGACCUUGCUUUACAAUUUUUAUAAAAAGGAUUAAAAAGAGAUCCAAACAAUUACAUUUUGUAUAAAAAUAUUGCAAAUGUUUAUAGCAUUCAAAGAAAAUAUUAUGAAUCAAUAGAAAGCUAUAAAUAAGCCCUUAAUCUUAAUGCAUAAAAUAUAGAGUUACUUUUUCUAUUAGCAAAUACUUAUUUUCUAUCUGGCUAAACAGAAAAUGCAAUUGAUAAUUAUAAAGAAGCAAUAAAGUUAAAUCCAUCUUAUCAUCAAUCUUAUUUUGAGUUAGGAAAAAUCUACGAAGAAUUAAAACAAUAUUAAUAGGCAGUUGAACAAUUUUAAGUUUAUCUUUAAUAUUAACCCAACUCCUCUGAAACUUAUUAUAAAAUUGGUAUGAUAGAGUAUCUCCAUUUUAAAAAUAUUUAAAAAGCAUAGAUCUGCUUCAUUUAAUCAAUAUAACUUAAUCCUAACAACAACUCUUCAUGCUACAGAUAUUUAGGAUUAAUUUAAAAUGAAUUAGGUGAUUACAAGCAAGCCAAACAAAAUUUUUUAUAAGCUAUUGAAAUUAAUAAAAACGAAGAAGAUUUAUACUUUAUACUUGCAUAGAUUUCCUACAAUUACUUCAAAGAUAUAUGGUAAGCUAUUGAGUACUUAGAAAAAUAUCUGUAGCUAUUCCCAAACUAAGAAAAAUAAGAGUAAUUACUAAACGAAUGGUACCUAAAAGUAAAUAACACAGUGAGAGCAAGAGAAACCUAUGAAAAACAGAUUUAAGAAAACCCACAAAAUAUUAGUGCAAUCAUGAAAAUAGCUAGUAUAGAGUACCAAGUUAAAAAUUAUCAUAAAUCAAUUUUCCAAUAUAACAAAGUUUUAGAAAUAGAUCCAAAUAAUAAACUCUCCCUUUAUAAUAUCGGACUCUGCUUUAAAUAGCUUGAAAAAUAUGAAAAAGCAGUAGAAUAUUUUUAAAAUGUAAUUAAGAUUUACUAAAGUUUUUCCCUUGCUUACUAUUAAAUUGGAGAAAUAGAAUAGAGGUAUCUAAAUAACCCAAAAAAGGCAAUUAAAUUUUUAAGAAAAGCAAUCGAACUAAAAGGCUAAGAUGCAGAUAGUUAUUUUUACUUAGGACUUGCAUUCGAUAAAAUUGACUACAAGUAUGAAGCUCUUGAGUGCUUUUAAAAAUUAUUAGAUUGCAGUCCAAAAUACCCAACAGCUGAUUUCUGUAAAAAAUAUAUCUCCGAAAAUAUAAUUGUCAAAAAAAAGAAAUACAAAGAGACUACUCUUGAAGAAAAUGAUUGCAAAGUUUUUUGA